AGCGUAGCGGGCACGCUCACAGCUCGCGCGCAUUUGCCAAAACUGUCAAAAAUGUAUACAGUGAGGUUAUUAUAGUGAAUAAUCGUGGUAUAAUCAGAUUAUUUUGUGCACCAUGUUUUAACAUUUACAAUCAAACUUAAAAACAAUAUUGCUAUUGCAAUAUCCUAUUUUGAAAUACUCUCUUUACCUAUGUACAAUAUUACUAUUUACAUUUGGUUUUCAGCCAACUAGAUUAGAGCUACUCGUUAAACUACCCGUAUAUUUUGUGGUCUAGGAUUAUUACAGAAUGUUAUCGCGCGUACAAUGUAUGAAGAUGAUAACAUAACUUCCACCCCCAAGCGCUGUGUGCUAACUGAAGUCACCAACUCUACCAAUGUGUCUCCCACGGCGAAUUUGAAGUUGUUGACGAACGUUGCGCUGCUGUACCCGACUCCGCCGCCGAGCACCAUACACCGCAAAGAAAAGUCACUGCAGAUACUAUGCGACAGGUUCCUUACCCUGUUCCCUCUGUAUGGGCAUGGCACGGUGGAGAUCCAGCUGGACAGCACGGCGGCGCGGCUGGGCGUGGAGAAACGUCGCAUGUACGACAUCAUCAACAUCCUCGAGGCCAUGCAGUGUGCACUCCAUAAGCGGAAGAACACUUACUUGUGGCAUGGAGGUUCAAGACUGAAUUCCUUUUUGAAGAUGCUUAAAAAGCAAGGGGAGAACCUGAGACUGUCUGCGGCUCUACGCGGGAGAGCUCCAAAGCCACCCGCUCCCAAACACAAAACCCUGGGAGUAUUGGCUCAGAGGUUUUUGAUGCUUUUCCUAGUAGAACCACCUAAUACGCUUAUAAAUCUGGAGAUGGCUGUGAGAGUACUCAUCGACUCAUCUAACAAAACCAAAACUUCCCUUUCACCAGAAAUGCUAGACCGUCAGCACAAAUCAAAAGUAAGAAGGCUGUAUGACAUCGCCAAUGUCUUUAUUUCAAUUGGUCUCAUUGAAAAAGUGUCAGGAAACUCUAUUUUAAAGAAACCUGUAUUCAAAUAUGUUGGGCCGUUCAAAAUGAAGAAAGCAGAUAAGAUGGUGAUAAGUAGUACCUCUCCGCUCACCCCCCUCCCGAUCCCGCGCAGCGAGCAGCACAUCACUCCUUGCCACGUCUUCUCCGGCAGAUCUAAACGGAAGCUAGAGUUCUCCAGCACGCCCAAUACAAACAGAGAAACUCCAUUGGGCGUCACUACCCCACCUCACACUCCUUCCCAUAAGUGGGACGACAUUUUAUUGGUUGCCGAUAUGGAGCUCACUAGAAUUAACAAUGGAAUUAUUGUGUAAAAUUGUAUGAAUAUGACUUGGCUAAAUAUGUGUCUAAUGAAUUCUCCGUCCACGUUGAGGUCCGUGUCCGUAAUUAGGGCCUACAUGAUUUGCUGUGAGAAUAUCCUAGUAUGCACCAAAAUGAAGGGCUUACUUUCAACUAAAUAAACCUUAGCCAUGAUCAUGCUCGCGAUACAAGUUUCAGAACUCUUCUUGAAUUGAUCUCAUUGACAAUCGUUAUAUUUAAAGCAAUUAAAAAAAACCACAAACAAAAAUUUCAAAAAA